UUUGUGUUAACCCGCGACGCCAAUGAUGACCAUUCCCUCUAUGUGUCCUCCAUAUGUACCCUCGUCCGCUUUCGCCUCUGUCCUCGUCCCCACGUUGCCUCCCUCGAGCCAUUUGAUCUCCGACGGAGCCGAACACCGGCGAUUGAAGGAUGGUUAGAUUGCCGUACCUCACCGCGCUCACUACCCUCUUCAGCUACGGCCUCCUCUUCGCCUUCGGCCAGCUGAGGGAUUUCUUCAGGAAGCUCAUCGAUUGGUCCAGAUCCAAGUCCAAGGACCUCAAGGGGUAUGCACCAAUCUGCUUAGGGCUUGAAGAUUUCUACACACGCCGGCUUUAUCUCCGAAUUCAGGACUGUUUUAGCCGACCAAUUGCAAGCGCGCCAGAUGCUUGGAUUGAUGUUGUUGAGCGUUAUUCUAAUGACAAUAACAAGACACUACACCGAACAUCAAAUACUACAAAAUGCUUAAAUCUGGGAUCAUACAACUACCUUGGGUUUGCAGCAGCAGAUGAAUACUGCACACCUCGUGUUAUUGACUCUCUGAAGAGAUACUCACCCAGUACCUGCAGUGUUCGUGUUGAUGGUGGGACAACAAACCUACACACUGAGCUUGAGGAGCUAGUUGCAAGGUUUGUGGGAAAACCAGCUGCUAUACUUUUUGGCAUGGGCUAUGUGACAAACUCAGCAAUUAUCCCUGCUCUGAUUGGGAAGGGAGGACUGAUCAUCAGUGAUUCUUUGAACCAUAACUCUAUUGUCAAUGGUGCUCGAGGAUCUGGUGCAGCAGUACGUGUUUUCCAGCACAACAGCCCCUCACAUUUAGAAGAUGUUCUAAGAGAGCAGAUAGCUGAAGGACAACCUCGGACACAUAGACCCUGGAAAAAGAUAAUUGUUAUUGUGGAGGGCAUCUACAGCAUGGAAGGAGAACUUUGCAAGCUUCCGGAAAUUAUAGCUGUCUGUAAAAAAUACAAGGCUUAUACAUACUUGGAUGAGGCCCACAGCAUUGGUGCUAUUGGAAAAUCAGGCAGGGGGGUUUGUGAGCUCCUAGGAGUGGAUCCAGCUGAUGUGGACAUCAUGAUGGGCACUUUUACAAAAUCAUUUGGGUCUUGUGGAGGCUACAUUGCAGCAUCAAAGGAAAUCAUUCAAUAUCUUAAGUACACUUGCCCUGCACAUCUGUAUGCCACUUCCAUGUCACCACCUGCUGUGCAGCAAGUAAUCUCUGCAAUUAAGGUUAUCCUUGGGGAAGAUGGGUCAAAUAGAGGUGCCCAGAAACUUGCACGCAUUCGUGAAAACAGCAACUUCUUCAGGUCAGAACUUCAGAAAAUGGGAUUUGAGGUUCUGGGUGAUAAUGAUUCUCCGGUUAUGCCAAUAAUGCUCUACAAUCCAGCAAAGAUCCCAGCCUUCUCCAGGGAAUGCCUCAGACAAAAUGUUGCAGUAGUGACUGUUGCAUUCCCAGCAACACCUCUUCUUCUUGCGAGGGCUCGGAUAUGCAUUUCUGCUUCACACUCCAAAGAAGACCUGAUGAAAGGUCUGGAGGUUAUCAGCAAAGUUGGUGACCUUGUGGGCAUCAAAUACUUCCCUGCAGAACCACCUAAGCAUGCAGAACAGGAAAAGAAGAACCUAUAAUAGAAAAGGAGGCAGUGACUGAUUCACAGGAAAUCAUGCCAUGGAAACAUCCUGAGUCAUAUCAGCCAUUUAUGUUUAUUCCAUGCUGUUUGAAGCGCGUCUUCUUCUUUGGCUGUUCUUUGAAAAUUGAAUCUAUUUCCCCAAUUGACACUUCUUAUUUGUGUCACGUUACAACUUGUACAGUGAGUGAAAUAAGUUGUGAGAGUUGGUUUUGUUUCUCGUGUUCAAUCUUCUCAAUUUUUUGAUGCAAUAUCUUAGUAAUUCAAUGUUUCAUUUCUUUUCAACGUGCGACUAUUUAAGAUUUUAAAUACGAAUCAGACCAAUACAUAUCAAUCACUUUUUAUCAAUUUGAUCAAGGAUCAAUCUUGUGUCAUAUUGUUUGAUGAUAUGGAGCGGUGCAAGUGAAUACACCAUCUGAUAUAUGGGUCUACAAGGCAUCGCACCGUCUCGGACUGACAAUUUAAACCUUGUUAUGAUUUGUUCGAGUGCAGCAAAAAAGAAGAGGUUGUAGCACCUGACAUCCAAGCAUAUCAGCAGGAACAAAAUCAUAUGUAUCCAUCUGGCUGUACAUUGAGAAAGUUGGAAGUCAGCAGAAACAGGAUUGAAGAUUGCAGCAGACAUCAGAGUUUGCUGAAUUAGCUGAGGAAUAAUGUACCAAG